GUUGGUCGGCGGACGUCGGAAGUAGUUCGUCGCUCUGUAGCGGCCGAAGGGGCGGGCUCGCGGGCUGGGGGUGUCUCGGCAGCUUUCGGCUCGCUCGGCGGAGCAAGAUGGCGGACAUCUCCCUGGAUGAACUCAUCAGGAAGCGCGGGGCGGUGGCGAAAGGACGGCUUAAUGCCAGACCGGGGGUUGGAGGUGUCCGAUCUCGAGUUGGGAUCCAGCAAGGCCUUCUCAGCCAGUCAACACGCACAGCCACCUUCCAGCAGAGAUUUGAUGCCCGGCAAAAGAUUGGCCUCUCAGAUGCCCGGCUCAAACUGGGAGUCAAGGAUGCCCGGGAGAAGCUUUUGCAGAAAGAUGCCCGAUUUCGGAUCAAAGGGAAAGUGCAGGAUGCCAGAGAGAUGUUGAACUCUCGAAAGCAGCAGACCACGGCGCCCCAGAAGCCCCGCCAGGUCGCUGAUGCCCGGGAGAAGAUUAGCUUGAAGAGGAGUUCCCCUGCUGCCUUCAUAAACCCACCUAUUGGGACAGUGACCCCUGCUCUGAAACUCACCAAAACCAUCCAGGUUCCACAGCAGAAAGCCAUGGCACCACUUCAUCCCCAUCCUGCUGGAAUGAGAAUCAAUGUUGUCAAUAACCACCAGGCCAAACAGAAUUUAUAUGACCUGGAUGAAGAUGAUGAUGGUAUAGCUUCCGUUCCUACUAAACAGAUGAAGUUUGCAGCCUCCGGCGGCUUUCUUCACCACAUGGCUGGGCUAAGUAGUUCCAAGCUUUCCACGUCCAAGGCCCUCCCUCUUACCAAAGUGGUUCAGAAUGACGCAUACACAGCUCCUGCUCUCCCUUCCUCUGUUCGAACAAAAGCCUUGACCAACAUGUCCCGGACACUGGUGAACAAGGAAGAACCCCCCAAAGAGCUUCCACCUGCUGAGCCUGUUCUCAGUCCAUUGGAAGGCACCAAGAUGACUGUGAAUAAUCUGCACCCUCGGGUCACGGAGGAGGACAUUGUUGUAAGUACU